AUGUUGGCGCGGGCGGCCGAUGCGGCCGCGCUGGAGGAGGAGAGCAGUGCCUGCGCGGAGGCCCAGCGGGUGGAGCUGCUGCAGCACCGCGCCGGGGCCGCGGGCGGCCUGGCCGCGCGGGGGCUGCUCACGGGGGCGGCCCUGGGCGGCAGGCUCGUGGUGGAGGCGGACAUGUCAAUGGUCAAGAGCACCUUCGCCGUCAGCAGCGGGCGCAUCGGCAACAGCAUGCAGUGGAAGCAGCGGUUCCUGCCCACGUACCCCGAGACGGAAGAGAACGAGCCGAUGGAGUCCACUGGCUUGGAGAGCGCCCUCGACAGCGCGAUUGCGACAGGGCACGGAGAUGAGCGCCACGGCGAUUGGGUACCUGAUCUGGACUUUGACCCCCUUUCUAUCGCGUGCGGCAAGGCAGCCAGGGUCCGCAUGGACUCCACCGUGACUAGAUACCAAGCAGACGAGGACACAUACGUCAAGGAGAUGUCCCAUUUCAGCUUCCAUGGCGUCUGGGCCGGGGGCAGCGGUUACGACAGGGAGGUUGGUGGCCUCACGGUCAGCGAAGUCGAAGACCUCUUCCAGCAGGGGUUGGGCGACUUGAAGGAGUAUUCCCCAUGGAUGGACAUACAUGCUGGCCUUUAUGAUAAUGACAUCGAUUCCUACGUUGAACGAUUCAAUGAUUACUCGUAUCCCUUUCUGGCCUUGCGGUGGCCUUCCGCUGUGGGCGAGCGGUUGUUCUAUUCGCUGAUAUCUCAUGUGAACAACACGCAAGAGGUCUUCGAGAUUGUCUCGGCUGUUGCGCCGUCGAGUGCCAGCCUGCCUGUGACAGAAUUCCCAAUGCCUCGGCACGUCUUUCGCCAGGAGGAGAUCGAAUGGUUGCAAAGAUCAAAGGGCCCCGUGCAGCUUCAUGUCAGUCGCACCCAUCGCGACCUCAACGUCGUGAAGGCACACUAUAAAAGCAUGUUUGGCUUGGAUCCCGAGCAUGAGAUGCAUGAUGCAGGCAGUGGCGUCAGUUUCGUGUCCUUCUGGCACCAGGUCGGAGUAACGUUUCAUGAGAAGGUCCGCGUGCAGGUGAUGUACUGGAGCAGGUCAAACCAGGCAGCAACCGCAGAUCACACCACGGCGUGGUUGGAGGCCAAGCUUGAGCACAUUAACAGUGAGUUCAUGCGGUCCUACAAGUCUUGCGUUGGAUACAUGCUGUUUGAUAGUGGCGGCUCCCUCUGGACGGGGUACUUCCCAUUGCCUGGAGGUUUCUACGCCGAGCUGAUCCCGAACGAGGCGGUGUCACCAGAGGGUACUCAGGCCGUGGUGCAGAAGAUCCCCUUGCUGGCUGUGGCAGCAGGUCCCAGGGACAAGGAGAAGUGGAUAGAGCGACUGAAAGAAGAGCUGGGAGCUCUGAUACAGUACGUGCAGAUCAACAAGGAGAACGAUAACGAUUGGUUCAACGUGGAGCCGAACGAGGACGGCACCAAGUGGAAAGGCACCUGCUGGUACGUCCACAAUCUGCUGAAGUACGAGUUCGCGCUCCAGUUCGAGAUCCCCGCGGGCUACCCCUCGGUGCCCAUAGAGCUGGAGCUGCCCGAGCUGGACGGCAAGACGCCGAAGAUGUACCGUGGCGGGAAGAUCUGCCUGGACAUCCACUUCUCACCGCUGUGGAGGAACAACGUGCCCAAGUUCGGCAUCGCCCACGCGCUGUCCCUGGCGCUGGGGCCGUGGCUCGCCGCGGACAGGGCGGCGCCGGACGAGGCGGACAAGGAGCCCGCCGCCGCAGGGAGGGCGGGCGUGAUCUGUGGAGCAGAGGGCCAGGCUCAGGCAGGGCCGCAGAGGGGCUUCGCAGCAGCCAGCGGCGUCUUCGUGGCGCUGGGCCAGUGCGACGGGCGCGACCCCGACCUGCGGCGGCCGCGCCGCCGACCCUCGGGGGCACUGCAUCCAGGGGGGCUGCAAACCAUCCACACGUUCGUGCUGCUGCUACGCCCGUGCUACCCGUGGCCCCUGACGCUCCCGACGGACAACUCGAUGGCGGACAAGGCGAAGCCCCGCGCAGCCUGGCGCCUGUCGAAGUCCUCGGGCCAGUCUGGCAAUGCGGACGAUUACCCGCCUGUUCAGUCGGAUCAGCCAAUGAACGACGAGGAUGCCGACGAAGAGGCAGCCCGAUUCUUCGGACUAUAA